CCACCGCCGCUGUCUGCGGACUGAUAAUCACCCUGAGGUCAGUCAUGCGGCCCUAGGCGGCGCAGCGUGGUGAUGUAACUGGACAGCAGAGACCGUCACGCCGGGGAGACCAGGAAGUUUUAUCGGGAGGCUGUCGGUCGGAAAGAGCAAGUCCCAUGCGCCGUUUGUUUGUCAUUAUGACAGGUUUGUGAAUCACGGGUAAGAUGUUUUGGCUCGAUUUGGAUCAUUUACAGAAAUCCAUGCGCGCGCGCUGACUUCAAGGAAAGGAUCGCUGACCGCCUACUGUGCUGUACAUUGACGAUUACCAUGAGCAGCUCCAGAGGGACGCCCAGUUCCUGUGCUCCGACCAGAGGAUGGAAACUGAACUGGUUGACAGACUGGUGCUGCAGCUGAACAGGAUAUACCCCCAGAUACUCAGUGACAAGGAAGCCCACAUGUUCAGGAACCUGAGCGUGCCCACCAGGGUGCGGCUACCUGAGCUGUUGAAACACCUGUAUGGGAAGGGCGAGGAGGCGUGUUAUGAAUUCUACAGAGGACUUCACAUCCACGCUGAGGACGUUUACUCCAGCCUGCCCACCAGAGUCAUACAAAGAGAGAUGGCUGAUCCAAAAUGGACAAACAAUGUGGCGAUCCACCCAGAGCGACGUGUGCUUAAUGACAGAGGACCAAUGUUCUUCCUGAGCUGUUUCAGUUUUGCUGCUGGUAUUGCAAUGCUCUACUAUUACGGAGAAAUUGAGACACUGAGAAGCACUGGUCUGUUUCUUCACUGCUCUGCAGCAAGAUUUAGUGAAGGUGCUAAAUAUGUUUUCAUUUCCUCUGCUGAGGUUGGAAAGCAGAAGAAAUGAGACCGUUAAGAUGCUGAAAUGCUUAAGAAGUAACCUAUGAGAAGAACAAGCUGUGAAAAUUGCCACUUUGCUGUGCCAAACUCAUAUACGCUUUGAGAGCUAAAAAAUGUCACGCAUUUGUAAGCGUGUACGUUUUUUUUUUUUUUAUCUGAAGCUGACAAUAACAUGAGUUGCUGUGUCUUGAAUUCCCAUAGCUAGCAUCUAUUUACAUGAAAAAAAAAUGCAAUGAGUCUGAUCUGGAUUUAUUGUGUGUACAGAACUAUGGAUUCCAAUCAGCUAAAAUGAGUAACUGCACUAGCCUGGGAAAACCCUGACGAACUUCUGGCAAAUUUGAGAUUUGCUCUGCAAGCCACUCUCAGUUACAACUGAGAAGGGUCUGGUGUCAACCAGGCUAUAACUGCACACCCAAACAGGUGUUUUCAACUCAGCAUUUGUCGCAAGUCAGCCAAUGUGGUUGUGUUGGUCACUCUGGCAUGAACCACACGCCCAAGCUGAUCC